UUGAAUCAAACAAUUCGUCAUCAUAAAUCAUUGACGACCCAACGGACGACAGUAAUCGUCAUAGACCAAACAGUACCUUCCCUAUUACAACUAUCAAGAAAAUACAGAUCCGAUCGAAUCAUAAUCACACAAACUCUUCGAUCAGAGAGAAAACUAAAAUACCCAUGCCACGUUUUCUGUUUAUUUUCUUCAAAUCUAAUAAUUGAUUCGGGUAUGUUUAUGCGGAUGUUUUUUGAGCAACGUUUUCUGUUUAUUUUCUUCAAAUCUAUUAAUUGAUUCAGGUUUAUUACUUGAACUUAAUCAACUCUGAGCUCAGAGUGCUUUGCAGUAUCUUGCUUUUUCAAAACCACUGGAGAAACAUUUACGUGUCUUCAACUAUUAUGUGGUUUAGAUUUCUGGAUCUAUAUGGCCUGGACUGAAUUUGGUGAUGCUAACGCUAAUGACAGAGACUGGUUCAAAUACUGAAAAAGUUGAGGAAAGUGAAAAUGACAAUAUAACUAUUGAAGAUAAUAGGUCAUUGAUUAGGCGGGACCCCUCGUUCUCCGGCUGGGGUGAAGGGGAUGGGAACUUACAGCCAGUUCUAUUAGAAAAUGAGGAUUUAAACUCAGAGCACUUCAAAUUUGAACAGACUUUGGUACAACGGAGUGGGUUAGAAAAUUCAAAUUUAGGGGCAGAGAGAUACCAUUCUAGUAAGCUUCAGUUGAGGAUGGAUCGUAGUAGUGAUGUGGAAGAUGCAUUCACUAAUGAUGUGAGAAAGAGGAACGAGAAUUAUGAGCCCUUUGAUAUUGAAAAUCAUUUCAAAAAUGAUCAGCAAUAUUCUGGCAUUGGGGCAAAUGGAUCUGAUUAUAUGGAUUAUCAUGAUUCAUUGAGGUCAAAUUCGAAGAACUCUAUUUCUGUUGCUGAUCUGCUGAAAACUUUGUUUUUUAUACUAAUGUGGUACACAUUCAGUACAUUCUUGACACUGUAUAAUAAAACUUUAUUAGGGGAUCAUCUAGGGAAAUUCCCUGCUCCCUUACUGAUGAAUACUGUCCACUUUACAAUGCAAGCUGUUUUAUCAAAGGCCAUUACUUGGUUUUGGUCUGAAAGAUUUCAACCCACUUGUAUGUCAUGGAGGGAUUACAUUGUGAGAGUUGUACCGACGGCCCUUAGCACUGCAAUGGAUGUUAAUCUGAGCAAUGCAUCCCUUGUUUUCAUCUCUGUUACUUUUGCCACUAUGUGUAAAUCAGCAGCACCAAUAUUUCUUCUUAUUUUUGCCUUUGCAUUCAGACUGGAGUCUCCAAGUCUUAAGCUGCUCGGCAUCAUGUUAGUCAUCUCUGUUGGUAUAUUAUUGACCGUUGCAAAGGAGACCGAGUUUGAGUUUUGGGGUUUUAUCUUCGUUAUGCUUGCUGCUGUUAUGGCCGGUUUUCGCUGGACAAUGACUCAGAUCCUUCUUCAGAAAGAAGUAUAUGGUCUCAAAAAUCCACUCACUUUAAUGAGCUAUGUGACCCCAAUAAUGGCAAUUGCAACUGCUCUACUUUCUCUUAUAUUGGAUCCAUGGCAAGAAUUCAGAGCGAGCAAUUAUUUUGACAGCUCAUGGCAUAUUGCAAGAAGUUGUUUGCUGAUGUUGUUUGGUGGAACUUUGGCUUUUUUCAUGGUAUUAACAGAGUACAUUCUGAUAUCAGUAACUAGUGCGGUAACGGUAACUAUAGCAGGGGUUGUCAAGGAGGCUGUGACCAUCUUGGUUGCCGUGUUCUAUUUCCACGAUGAGUUCACCUGGUUGAAAGGGGCUGGUCUUGUGACAAUAAUCGUUGGUGUCAGUUUAUUUAACUGGUACAAGUACCAUAAGUUGCAGAAGGGAGACUCAAUUGCAGAUGGAAUGGGAGGUUUAUCAGCAGAUAAUUCACCGUCAAAGUAUGUUAUUCUCGAUGAGAUGGAUGAGGAAGAAGAUGUCCCAUAAGAGCUCAUCGUUGCAUCAUUUGAAUAUAAGAACUUGAAUUGAUGCUGCUAGAAGGAAGGUUUUGUCAGUAAAGCAGUGUUGGCAGAUUUGUUGAAAUCAAUUCUUUUUCCACAAUUUUUUCAACCAUUCUUCAUGUUCAUUUAGGAUUAUAUAUCAAUAUUCUGCACAUUGUUCUUUCAUCUUGUAUCAAAAUUUUGUCAUUAUAUUUGAAUUCUCAUACUAGUUUGUUUAAA